AUAACCUUUAUAUAAAGGACACACAAAGGCUCACAAAUCCAUCCAUUAUGGCUAACCCCAUCUCUCUUCCUCUCCAAGAGAAAAUCCCUCGUAAUAAUAUUAUAAGGCGAGUUGCCGAUCUUCUCAUCUUAUUCCUCCUCAUCUCUCUCCUCCUAUAUCGCCUCCUUAACCUUUGCAGUCAUAGCUUCGUUUGGCAACUCGCAUUACUUUGCGAGACCUGUUUUACCUUCAUCUGGAUCUUGAACACGAGCACCAGAUGGAACUCUGUCGAUUACAAAACAUACCCAGACCGCUUCUUAAAGAGGUUCGAAGAAGUUCCUGCUUUGGACAUGUUUGUAACGACUGCGGACAGCUCGCUCGAGCCACCCAUCAAAACCAUGAAUACUGUGAUUUCAUUGCUGGCGGUUGAUUAUCCUGCUAACAAGCUGGCUUGCUAUGUUUCGGAUGAUGGUGGGUCGAUCAUCACCUUCUAUGCUUUGAUCGAAGCUUCCAAGUUUGCCAAGUUAUGGGUUCCAUUUUGUAAGAAAUACAGUGUUGGAGUGAGAGCUCCUUUCAUGUAUUUCUCAAAGGAACCUCAAAUACUCGCAGGAGAUUCAUCGGAUUUUUUGAACGAAUGGCGGAAAAUGAAGGAUGAUUAUGAAGAACUAAGCCAAAAAAUUUCAGAGGCAGCUCAAAAAUCCAUCCCAUGCAAUCUAAACAAUGAUUUCAUGGAUUUCUAUGAAAUUGAACGUGGAAAUCAUGCAAGUAUAGUAAAGGUGAUAUGGGAAAACAAAGACAAUGAUCCAGAUGGGUUGCCACAUAUUAUUUAUGUUUCAAGAGAGAAGAGGCCAAAGCACCAUCACAAUUUCAAAGCAGGGGCGUUGAAUGUUUUGAUGAGAAUCUCAGGAAUAAUGACAAAUGCCCCAUUUAUAGUGAACAUGGACUGUGACAUGUUUACUAACAACCCACAAGUGGUCCUUCAUGCAAUGUGCCUUUUGUUUGGAUUUGAGAAAGAAAGAGAGAGCGGGUUUGUGCAAUUCCCACAAGAAUUUUAUGACUGUCAUAAGGAUGAUCCGUUUGGAACAAGUAUGCUAGUCUUAGUGCAACUUUUGAUGAAUGGGAUGGCGGGAAUUCAAGGCCCACUGUAUGGUGGGACAGGAUGCUUUCAUAGAAGAAAAGUCAUCUAUGGUUGGCUUCCACCUGAUGAUGAAGAAAUUAAAAAGGCAAAUCUUAAUUCAAUGAAAGAAGAUCUACAAAGAAGGUUUGGAUAUUCGAAAGAGUUUGUAGAAUCGGUUGCUAAAAUAAUAUUGGGUACAAGUGAAGAAAAGCUUAACAUGCGUGAUCUUUCAAGUGCCCUUAAGGCGGCUAAUGUGGUCUCUGGAUGCCAGUACGAAUUCAAUACUAGUUGGGGUCAAGAGGUGGGCCUAGUGUACGGAUCCACAAAUGAAGAUGUCAUCACGGGAAUGAAAAUACACGGCAGGGGUUGGGAGUCAACGUAUUGUAGUCCAAAGCCACCAGCGUUUCUUGGGUGUACACCCUCAGGUGGGCCCUCUUGCAUGACCCAGCACAAGAGGUGGGCCACCGGCCUUCUACAAAUUCUCAUCGGGAAGCACAGUCCAUUGAUUGGCACUUUCACCACGAAGCUACGGCUCCGACAGUGUUUGGGGUACAUGAUCCCUACCAUAUGGGCCCUCCGCUCACUCCCAGAGUUAUGCUACUCUCUCCUAGUGGCCUUUUGUCUGCUCACCAACACAACUUUCCUUCCUAAGGUAUCAGAACCUGCAAUAUUGAUCCCCAUUGCCCUUUUCGCCAUUUACAACAUAUAUACUCUGGUAGAAUACUGCAGUUUUGGUUAUUCCUUCCGUGGAUGGUGGAACAAUCAGAGAAUGUCAAGAAUAAUCACUGUGUCUGCAUGGUUGUUCGGUGCCAUAGGCUUCUGUCUCGAUCUCCUAGGCAUAUCACCAGCUGUCUUUGAGGUUACAAGAAAAGAUGAAAAUACCCAUGACUCUAAUCUUGACAGCGACGCUGGACGGUUCACCUUCGACUCUUCUCCAAUCUUCGUGCCUGGAGUGACUCUCGUGUUUGUGCACACAUCGGCACUUGUGGCGGGCUUGCUACGGGUGCAACCAGCACGACCGGUCUUUGGUGCAUCUGGGUCCGGGCCUGGGGAGAUACUCUGUAGCUUGUGGGUGUUGCUCAGCUUCUUGCCUUUUGUGAAGGGGCUUUUUCGGAAAGGAAGUUAUGGGAUUCCCUGGCCAGUCAUACUCAAAGCAGCCAUUUUGGCACUAUUCUUUGUACGCUUUGUGUGCAAGGGUUAGAGCCUUCUAAGCUAAAUUACUGAAGUGCUUUAUAGCUACUUAGUUUCUAUCUUAAGAUAUUUGGUGUAACCAAGUUUUUUUUUUUUUUACAUGUAUUAUGACAAAGGGCCCACUUGCCAGCAUGCAUAUGUCAAUUGAUCAGAGGUUUUUCGAUUGGAUUCUUGCAGAUAUCAGCCAUCUACAAUGGUCCAAUUAUUUGGCCUAUUGGGAUUUGAGCUCCAUUGGUAAGAAUAGGAUGCUGUUUACACCUUUCUAAAGAAAUGAUGUUUUAGCUUUUGAAAACCUUGUUUGUAUGCACACCUACCUGUAAGUAGAAGAAACGAUGUUUGUUAUUUCUCCUUGCAAAAAAAUGAUGCUUUGUUAUUC